AUGAAGUUUAGUAAGCGCAGCUUUUAUGCAUUUGUUUGUCUGCAAGUGUUUCUUUUCUUCUCUAUUAAAUUAGGAUGCCUGCAAGCCGGUGCUUCAGGAAGAGAGACAGAUGAACUUGCUUUGCUCAAAUUCAAACAAAGGAUAACCAGUGAUCCCUAUGGAAUCUUCAACUCAUGGAAUGAUUCUCUCCAUUUCUGCCACUGGACUGGAAUCACAUGUGGUCGCAGCCAUCAAAGAGUCACCUCCUUGGUCUUAGAAGGGCAGAAUCUUUUUGGUUCUGUGUCACCAUAUAUUGGCAACCUCAGUUUUCUUAGGUUGAUCAACCUCCAAAACAACAGCUUAAAGGGCGAAAUUCCGCAGCAACUUGGCAAGUUGUUUCGACUGCAGAAGUUCUUUGUCAACAAUAACUCAUUAAAUGGUACAAUUCCACUCAACUUGACUCGCUGUUUCCAGCUCAACACAAUAUAUUUACAGUGGAAUAAUCUUGCUGGAAAGAUCCCAGAAGAACUUGGCUCCCUGCCAAAGCUGGAAAAGCUUGGACUUCGCAAUAACCAUCUGACAGGAGAAAUUCCUCCUUCUUUAGGCAACCUUUCAUCACUUACCACGUUUUCUGCAACAUUUAAUGAUCUGGAAGGAAGUAUUCCAAAUGAGAUGGGUCGAUUAAAAAGCUUGAAUAGUUUUGCCGUUGGAGUUAAUAGAUUAUCAGGUAUAAUCCCUCCAUCUCUUUUCAACAUCACAUCUUUGAGUUCUCUGGUAUUUGCUGCCAAUCAACUUAGUGGGAGUCUACCUGACAAUAUUUUCUUCACUCUCCCAAAUCUUCAAGCUUUUUUAGUCUGUGAAAACUAUUUGUCUGGCCCAAUUCCAAAUUCAUUGUCUAAUGCCUCUCAGCUUCAACGUGUUGAUAUGAGCGUGAACAAAUUUGUGGGACAAGUUCCCACUAAUCUUGGAAAUUUACAGAGUAUCUUACGGCUGAAUUUCGAGUUCAAUAAUCUUGGAAGUAAUUCAUCGAAUGACUUACUUUUCUUGACCUCCUUGACAAACUGUAGUAAUCUACAAAUCUUCUCUAUCACCAGAAAUAAUUUUGCAGGUGUCUUGCCAGACUCUGUAGCCAAUUUUUCAACUGGGCUCAUUAGAUUAUACAUGGGAGGAAAUGAAAUCACUGGAAUUAUUCCUGCUGCGAUGGAGAAUCUUGUCAACUUAAUUGAUUUGCAACUGGAAGAAAACCUUUUCACAGGUUUCAUCCCAUCUCAGUUUGGAAAGCUUCAAAAGCUACAAUCAUUAAUUUUAAGCUACAAUCAAUUGUCAGGUCAAAUUCCGUCCUCCAUUGGUAACCUCACUCAAUUAUCUCGUGUAUUGCUGUCUGGAAACAAAUUGGAAGGAAGCAUUCCUUCAAGUAUUAGAAAUUGCCAACAUUUAUAUGCUGUACAAAUUGCAGAAAAUAGACUCAGCGGAGAGUUACCUGAGGAAGUUUUAGGUCUUACUUCUUUAUCAAAAAUACUGAACUUAUCUUUUAACUCUUUCACUGGGCACUUACCAACAGAAGUGGGAAAGCUUAAAAAUGUAAAUACACUAGAUAUCUCAGAAAACAAUCUUUCAGGUGAAAUUCCUGAAACCAUUGGAGGUUGCUUGAGCCUAGAAUAUCUUUAUAUGCAAGGAAAUUUUUUCCAAGGAACCAUCCCUUCAUCUUUAGCUUCCCUUAAAGGCCUUCAAUAUUUAGAUCUUUCGCGAAACAACUUGUCAGGACAAAUUCCCAAAGAUCUCCAAGAAAUCCCUUAUCUCCAAUACUUGAAUCUUUCGUUCAAUGAUCUUGAGGGAGAGGUACCAGAAAGAGGAGUAUUUACUAAUGCCAGUGCAUUAUCACUGAUUGGGAAUAACAAGCUUUGCGGUGAUGUCCCAGAACUUGGUUUACCAAAAUGCCCUACUAAACUCUUGAAGAAAGUGAAAUCCCACACUCUUAAGCUAGUGGUUGCAAUUGCUUGUGUGGUUCCAACUCUGCUUUCGAUUCUGAUCUUUUUUCUUAUUCGCUGGAUGAGAAAAUCAAGAACCAAGCCUUCUGUUGCACCCUUAGAAAUGAACCACCUUCUAAAGGUAUCUUAUAAAGACCUUUAUCAAGGAACGGAUGGAUUCUCUUCUAGCAAUUUAAUUGGUUCAGGUGGCUUUAGCUCUGUGUAUAAAGGAUUUCUACCUCAAGUCCAAACACCAGUAGCUGUUAAGGUCCUCAACCUCGAGCAAACGGGUGCCAUUAAGAGCUUCAUGGCUGAAUGCAAUUCGCUGGGGAAUAUAAGGCAUCGAAAUCUUGUUAAGCUCGUAACAUGUUGCUCCAGCUUAGAUUACAAAACAAAUGCAUUCAAGGCUUUAAUUUUUGAAUAUAUGGGGAAUGGAAGCCUAGAAAAGUGGCUGCAUCCAUGUGCAGAAGGUGAAGAUCAGAAAAGAAGCUUGAACCUUCUUCAAAGACUCAAUAUCGCCAUUGAUGUAGCAUCAGCAUUGCAUUAUCUACAUGACCUCUGUGGAAAGCCUAUCAUUCAUUGUGACCUGAAACCCAGCAAUGUUCUUCUUGAUGAUGACAUGGUUGCUCAUGUAAGUGAUUUUGGUCUAGCAAAACUCUUCUCAAUCAACAGCAAUUUAUCUCUGAGUCAAAUCAGCACAACUAGAAUCAAUGGAACCGUUGGUUAUGUUGCUCCAGAAUAUGGAAUGAGUGGUAUAGCAUCGAAAGAAGGAGAUGUUUAUAGUUAUGGAAUUCUUGUGCUAGAGAUGUUCUCAGAAAGAAGACCAACUGAUGAAAUGUUUAAAGAGGGAAUAAAUCUCCAUAAUUUUGUAAAGGCAGCAUUGCCAAAAAGACUUUUACAAAUUGUGGAUCCAACCCUUCUCCCUAAAGAAAUAGCAAAUGAAGAAUGUGAUGAUGAUGCCACAAUGGAAGCAGAAGAAACCAAUCACCAUGAGAACUUGAGCCAGGUUACAACAAAUCUGAGACAAUGCCUAGUUUCAAUGCUUGAAAUUGGAGUUGCAUGUUCAAUGGAAUCACCAAUGGAACGAAUGAAUAUGGCUGAUGUCAUGAACAAGUUGCAUUUGGUAAAGAAAACUUUUCUGAAUAUUCAGAUGGAGGGUGAUUGAGAGGUGCUUAUCGUUUCAAGAGAAAGUCAUAUUGAAUAAAUGUCCACUCUUCUGGUUGUAAUAUAUGUAAAUGUAUCUUUCUUAACAAUUCUCCGUUGUUAUCUUGGUUUUUUUUUUUUUUUUUUUUUUCCUUCCAUGUGUUGUGCUAAUAAUUGAUGCUAUACUGAAACAAAUUGUGAUACAAUUUGAGUACUAUUAAAUUCUAGUUGUGAUCUAUGCAAAUAUAUCUUUCUUAA